UACGUCAAGUAGUCGUAAUUAUUUUUCUUAUUAUUCUAAUUACCUUCAAAAGUUCAAAUUCACAAAAAUGCUCAGUUUGUCAGCCACGAAAUUUCAUUGGAAAAGAACAAAAAACAAUAAAAAAUGCCAAAGAUGUGACAGUGAUUACACAACUUGGAAUAACCUUCUCAAACAACGAAAAGCCGAAAUUGAAACUAUUUUCGAUAAUUUAAUCAAAAGAUAUGAAAUAAAUGUUAACGAAUUGAGAACUCUGCUUAAAACAUUUGCUGAGAAGCUUGAACAUGAAGAAAAGGCACUAAACGUGAUAGGUAUUAACAAUGACAAAAUUCAAAAGGAGAGGGAACAAGUUUUAAAGAAAAUAGAGAAAUUAAAAAAUGAUUUGAAAGAAGUAGAAGAAAUGUUAAAGAGACUCGGGUCUCCAAAUUCCAAGGACCAAAAUAUUUUGAAAUAUUUGACAGAAAUUAAAGAAACAAUAAGAAAACUUGUUGGAAUAUUAAAAACUCUAAAAUUUGAUUUAAGUGACAACAAUAUUUUUAAUCUUGUUGAUGAAUUUAAUGCUAUAAAUAAGAACGUUACGAGGAUGCUUGCAAAUUUUCCAAAUGUUCGAAAAAAUUCUCUAAAUUUGCUUCUUACUACCGAAAAAGAAAUCGACUUGUUGGAAUCAAUCAUAGCCAAUUAUGGAAAUUAUCCCGCAAAUUUUUCCGAAGGUUUAAAAACAAACACUCAAUGGAUUGAAAAAGAUUUAACUUACUUGUUCAACCUUUUAAAUAAUUACUACAAGGUCUCUCUUGAUAUAAAUGGAUUGAAAAAUAAUGCAACACGGGUUCGAUCAAUGGCAAAAAACACAUCCUUAAAACUUGACCAACUUCUUCAAGAUCAUGAAAAUUUUGAAAAACUUGUCCAAAAAGUUAAAAAUGAAACUAUUUUCUACGAAGAAUUACAAAGAAUGAAAAAUCGUUUAGGGACUUUAAAACAAAAAAUUGCCGAAUUCCAACAAUUCUUAAAAAUUUUGAAAGACCACGAAGAAGUGGAGAAUGAAUUGGAAAACCUUAAUAAAAUAAUUAGGGAAUUUAACGAAAAAGAAAAAAUUAUUCGCACAAAUAGAGGAGUAAUGGACAAACAUCUCAAAAAUUUGAAUGAACUAAUAGAAAGAUAUGAAAAACUCAAGGUAGUUAAAUCAGUCGAAAAAAUAAUAGUCCAAUCAAAAGAAACGAAGCGUAAAACACAGGAAGUUGAAGAAAUUAUUGCAGAACAUUGUAAAGAUGGUAUAAAAUAAAAAAAUGAUUUUCGUUUUUUGAGCCCGUCAUUCUAAGUCCUGUCCUGUUCCUAUCAACUCUCAACUGUCACAUUUGACAGUAAUAAUGUUUGUAGGUUAUAUUUACA